UCUUCAGUCCUGUCAUCACGAUGGACAAUCUGUUAGUCCGCCCUGUGGCAACAGAUCGGAGAGCAUUCUUUGUACUGGAUACAUCACUACAGUCACCCCAGCUGUAUGAAUUUAUAACAGCAUCGACCUCCGAGAAAAAUAAGUGGAUUCAGGUCAUAAAUGAAGCAACAAAAGAGGUGGUGGAAGAACCAAUCGACCAGUCCCCAGUAAUUCCCCCUAACAGCUGUAUUGAGACGCUGGAAGAACCAGCAAACGAGGGGAAUGGUGUACCAUCUGGGGACGCAGAAAUGAAAGCACAAUGCCCUGUAAUUCCCUCUGAUAUAAGAGAUGUUAGCGAAGCUGAGGGGGGCACAGAGAAAAAGAAAUUCGACACAUGCUGCUCUGAGGAACUCGUCUGGAUCAUGCUCUGUUACUUUUUCAUAGUUUGCUGGUAUUGAGCUAAUUACAUGAAUUGCUUUGUAUCUAUACUCUGAAUUAGCAAUGCAUCUGUCGCAUCUACUAUGUCCUAUCUCUAUCGUACUCUAAAUGCUUCCAUCCACUGUAGGACUUUCUAACUAUUAGAAACCUUAUACAUCCUUACACAUAGUUUCCUUUAGCAUCAACUUCC